AUGGAUAGAGACGCCGAAAAUGUAGCAGAGAACAGGAAGUAUUGUUUUUUACUGGGCUCUGCUAUAAGAAACGAGGACCCCAAUCAAUUUUUUGACAUUUACGACGCAAUUAUUCCCAAGGAUCUUCCUGUCAGUCAGAUUGAAUGCAUAAAGGACAAAGCAAGAGAAAUAGCUGAGCUUCCAGAAGAGGAAUUCAAUCAGCUGUUUCUCAACGCCAGGGAUUAUAGCUUGGCCCCAGAGCGCAAAAUGACCCACACCAACCGUGGAGGGUUUGGGGAAGGGUCAGCCAGGGCCAGGCGUGGGGAAGACCUGAGUAGUGAAGACGACGAUGAGUUUGAACUGAAUGACAAAUUCUCUGGUAUCGUACCACCAAGUGUAGCUUUCAACAACUGUCUCAAAGACCACUGUGGGGAAGACAUAGAUUUGUAUGGGAAACGCACAGAUAAUGACUCGGGAAUUUACAACUCUAGCAAAGCCACUACUAGUAUUGGUAGCUAUUCUGAUCAAGAAUAUGAAAGUGAAGGAGAAGAAAGACAUGGUACAUUUGAUUAUUUUCCCCCACAGCAGGCAACAGUGAAGGUACACAAGCCACGUGUUGGAUGUUCAUUAGACUAUGAUGAGGCGCAUGAGGUGGAGGAUUCUGAUAAGGAUUCACCUCGUUAUGAUGGUUCUAAUGAUUCACCCAGAUAUGACCACAGUCUGAAUAAGAUUGACGACUCUGACUUUGGCACAGAGAUGAAAACAUUCCGGACAGUUCGAUCUGAAAGUGAUGAUUUCAUGACUGAUGAUGACAGUGAUAAUGAAAAAUUUACUCCCCACAGAAAACUGUAUCAAAGGAAAUGUGCUGCAGGUCGCAACAAAGUUGGUGGAAAUUAUUAUACACCAAUGACAAGGGAAAGCAAAGAAGAGUAUGGCUCUUUCUCCACUUCCACAUUUUCAUUUGACCGGAGUAAGAAAGCCCUCCAUAACACAACUGCCUCUUCCCUCAGAACCAGUGGUGUUGAUGAAAAUAUUAACUUUCCACUGACAAGUACAUGCCCCAAAUCAUAUGGCAGCACUAGUAGUCAUGGGGUAAAAGUAGAGACAACUUAUUCCCGUUACCACAAACCAAAAGACCUUGCCGAUCGUGGCCCACCCUUUGGCCAAGGUCAGGACCAACUUGGUAAGGUUGGCAGUUCAAUCAGCACACUGAUAUCCAAUUCCCAGAGUGCUCACAUUUCUAACCUUCCAGAGGGGAGACCGAUUCUUCCACCAGGACCUGAUCUGGGUGUUGACAAUGGCAAGAAACGCAAGAAGAAGAAGAAGGGAUCUAAAGAUGAUUUGGAUGAUAAGGGAAAGAAAGCAGACUUUGAUGAGAAUGGCAACCCUUGUCUGAGAGAGCAUGUUUCACAACCUUUUGCAAACAGCUAUAGGCAAAUGAGAGAACCACCCCAGCCUGUUGAUAGAGGGGCAACUGCAAGCAAGGCCAGAUUUCGUCAAAACCAAAAUGGUUGUUUUCCUUCCAACUUUGAACAACUUGAUAGCUAUCCAUUCAGUGGACAACAGGUGAAAGACCUUGAGGAUUUGUCCACUACUCAGAGCUCUGCCGACACUGCACACAAAAAACGUAAAAAGGUGAAAAAGGAAAAGAUUGUUCGUGCAGAAGAAAUAGAGAACUAUGUAGGGCAUAAAGACUUAAGUGAACUUGUUAAAUUUAUUGAACAAGACAAUGGCGGGCCAGCAGCCAAAAAGACUGGCAGGAAGAUUAACCAUACCACUGCUGCCCCCAUACCCACGGACACGAUCACAGCCUCUGUCAAAACGUCAGAGAAAAAUGCUAAAAAGACUCGGGACAAGAAACACAAGCCAUCUGUCGGUAACAAAGUGAUAGAAGGUCAUAUUGGACGUGAACACAGUGAAAGUGUAAGUGCACUUAGUAGUAAAGAAGAAGAGGAGGAGGAAGUAGCAGAGAAAGUGGUGGAGGAAGAACUACCUAGCGUCCAACAGCUGGAGGAUAGUGAAUUGGAAGCAGUGAUUGUUGAGAAUCCUGUUGCUUUUCAGAGCAAGGAUUCUCCACUUCUCAUUCAAAAUACUAGUGUUUCUGUGAAUACAAUGGGAAAUUCUUAUGGACGAACCUCAAAAGAGGAGAAUGGAUUAAUUACCUCAGAAGAAAGUGUUUUAGAGGCAUGUGAAAAGCUAAAUAACGAUAUAUCGGGUGAAAACAACAAAGACUUCUCCAAGCUUGUCACUCAAAAUAAUCAUGUGGUGCAUGGUAUCGGCAAAGUCAAAAUCAACAGUUUGCAUGAAAAUGAUAAGAUACAUGAGGACAAAUCGGUAAAAAAUAAUAAAAAGAAAAUGGGAAGUGUGACUGUUGAAAAUUCUGCAAGUGUACAUGUCAAUAACAAAAAAACAGACAAGGUUAAGAAUGUUACUGGUGAGGAAAAAAUCAUUACUGAUGGCACAAACAAUGUAAAACACAACAAUAACAAAAACUCCAAGGUCAAAGGGGAAGUCACCCCUGUGGAUACCAUGGAAGGUGAAGGUCAGACAAAACCAGACCUUGUGAAGGUCGCACCAUGUAAAGCUUCGGCUUCCUCUGCUGCAGCUGCCAAUGUUAAAAACAAUGUGUUAUUGUCAAAGGAGAAUUAUGGUAACUACAUUUUUACUGACCUUGACCUGCCAGCCAAGGAGCCAGAGUUUACUGUUGUCGGGAAGAAAAAGAAACGUCCAGUGACUGGCCCAGUACACAAUACACCUCAGAUGAUCAAAGAACCUAAUAUCAACCACAGUAUUAAAAAUGGCAAUAUGCAUGCCACUUUAAGGACAGUAGGGCGUGCGGAACGUGCUCGUAAGCCAGUGCCACGAUCAGUAACCCCUCCCCCACGUAAUAGUCUGUCUACUACAGACAGUCUUGACUCUGAGAGACUGCGAGAUCUCAGUCCCUCGUCAUUCCCAGCUCUAAGCAGCUCCAGCUCCAGCAUCAACUGUGGCCGUCAGACAUUCAGGGAAGGCCGACGAAACUCCACAGGGGAUGUUCCUUGUAAGGAGAUCGCUCUAAAGGUCCAAGAUGAUAGUAGUGACAUUGAGUCUGUCAAGUCACUCCCUGUGGCCCAGGGUGGCCCACUCCUCCCAGUCUCCUAUGCUAAGAUGGCUGCCUCCCCCAAGCCCAGCAACACUUCACUUGCUGGCAGCAGUGGGGAGACAGAAGAGGUGUAUGAUAGCUCACUGGAAGCCAACAAAGAGUGGAAAAGUGCUAACUGGAAGGGAAGUCCUACAGAAAGGAGGCAUUCCAUUGGCUCAAGUCCAGAAAACAACCUGAAGGAUAUAGAUAAUGGGCUCCCAACCCGUCAGAAGUAUGGGGGCAGUCAGGAGGUACUGAUCACCCCAGGGGAAGCUGAGGAGGGAUCAGCUACUCUUGGAGAUGAGGAGGGAGUAUCCCCUGAUGCUAGUCCUAGUGUUUCUUUCAUGACGGAGGACCCGUUAGAGGUAGUUAUACCCUCAGCUAGUGCUCCAGUUUGUAGUAAGGUAAUGUUUGGUGAUGUUACAAUGCCAAGUGUUUCAAAUAGUUACAAAAAGACAAAUUUAGUAUCAAACCAUCAGGCUUCUGUUUCAUCCACCACCACCGUUCCUGACACUCUGCUGCCAAAGGACACAAGUGUGGUCACUCCCCUCAACGGGAGUGGUGUAUGUGCUCACCCCUCAUCAGUGGAGGGUUCAAACAGUGUCCCAGGAGAGUGUGCCCAGGCUGUGAAGGAACCAAGCCCCGAAUGUGGGGGUCAGCAAACAACUAAGUCACUUGUGCCUCCCACUAAACAUCAAACCGGAAACGGAAGGAAAAUCCACAAAAACAAAUCUGUCAUUUUCUUAGACAAAAGACUGAAUCAGGUGCCGAAAAAUUUAGGAAUUACAUUUGGCUUUGAAUUGGGUAUAGAUACCAAUUCAAUUGGGAAUUCUCCAGAACAAUGUAGUAUUGCCGUUGAUGACACAUCUACUUCAUCUCUGUCUACCACCUCAGUUCUAAGUCAUCAGUCAAGCCCCAGUGACAGUGAUGUUCCAAGUGUGGAUACAAAUUCUGUGAUAACUUCUUCACAUCAACAUAGUCAUUCAGAAACUUCCAGUGAAAUGUGUAUGUCUUCUAGUUUUAACGUUGAUAAUGAAAAAAGCAAACAAAAUGUUGUUACAAAUUUAUCAAAAGACAAUAUAUCCAAAAUUAGCCAUUCCCUUUCAGGGAAAAAUGGUAUUGUAUUACCUAAAACAGAAAAUUGUGAAAAUAUUUCAUCUGCCUCAUCAGAAACAAGCAAUAUGGCAGUACAUAGUUGUCAGACAUCAAAUUCAACCAUAGAAAACAAGAUCUCUAGUGACCCUGAUAUAUCCAAGGGAAAUAACUCCAGGCCAAACAGCAUUGUUGUAUGCUUUGGAGAUUCUAAUAAUAAAGUGACAGAUUUAGCUAUUUCAAUUCCCAGUGCUAGUGAUAAGACUGAUUGUGCCAGGCAGCUUAGGUUUGUUCCUGAGAAGGAUGUGGACAAGACCUGCUUUAAUAUGGCUGAGGCUGUGUCCUACGUUGUCAGAGAAUGGGACAGAUUUAUACAGUUGAAAGACAAGCAACCAGCCAGUGUAGUUGUGUACAGCAGCUCUGAGUAACACACAGCAUUAACGUAUCACACCACUCUGUUGUCAUGGAAACAAUUUAGUACACAGUGUUCAGAGAAUAGGACAAGGGGAGACAACCCAUCAACAAACAGCAACAUCUGAUGUUAACUUUCUGUCAACACAUGAGCUUAUGUUUGCCUACCGCCCAUGUCUAUGUACAAGCCUUAUAAAUCCUUAUAUUUAUUUGCCAUAGUUGUCUAUUUUGCAUUGACAUAGGCAAUGUAUUUUUGUUAUGGAGUGGAAAACAUGCAUUUUAUUUCACAAAGCAAUUUUGAUGUAAUUCUUGCAGUUUAGACAAUGUUAGAAAUUUAGAGAAUAAAUUUAUGUGAAUUUACGGGGUUGAGUUAUAGCCAACAGGGAUUGUUUGAUCAUGAUGGGUUUUUCAAGCUGCAGGAUCCACUGACAGGAUUCUAUAAUUGUUUUUUACUGUUGAUUGUUGGUGUAUUAGGUACUAGGUACACAAGUUGCUGCUCAAAUAGAUAUCUAUCACUGUACCCGAGCUAGCACACAACCUUGUCCUUGUUAACGUAUCUCAGACUUUUACUCACUGCUUGCCAUGCAGUUUUUAAUGUAAAAUUACAUAGAUUUUUCUUUCAAAAAUGCUUUAAAAGAAUAUGCGUGGAUUGGGAAAUCUUAAUUUUCCUUGCUAGAGACAAAACAUGCUGAUAUGAAAGAUAUUUUCCAUUUAAGUAUUAGAGACAUCCCAAAGUGCAUGUUGUUUUGAAAUAAUUUAUUAAAUCUCCUGAGAUAUACAUUAUACAUGUAUAAACAGAGACAGUCAAAUGAGUCUGUUAUCGCAAAGAAAUAUUAACAAUAACACUUAACAAAAGAAAAAAAAUCAGAAUCUGUUAUGUUGAUACAUAUAACGUACAUCUUCGGAAGUCGUGAAUAAUUCAAUACUGAUGUAAAAUCUAAUAAAAGUAGUUCUACGAUGUAAAGAAAAAAUUAAAAGGUGAGGGAGAAACUUCUACCUGGUAAGGUAGAUAACCUUACUUUUGAGAAUGGUAAGGGAGAUAACCUUACUACUGAUAAUGGUAAGGGAGAAAUUUUGAAAUGAUGUAGCCUUUAGCUUGCAGUUGACCAAAAGGGAGAUAAUCUUGUCUUUGACUUAUAGAUAAAAGGUUAGUUAGAAGUAUUAUGAAGUCGUUGCUAACUAAUGCCUCUCUACCAUUUGUAUUUGUCAAAAAAGUUACCAGUAAGUGGCCAGCGUAAAAGAGCAGCAACAAUUAGGUACACUGCUGCAAAAUAAGGGUUAGAACAAACAUUGUUUAUGCCAAAAUACUUUUAAGAGAUAGAAUAUUGAAAUAUUCUUGUAAUGUUAUUGUUGUUAUAUAGCUCAGGUCACAUGAGGCAUAUUGAAAAAACUACAAUCUCAAUAUUCUAGUAUUUGUUCCAGUACAGAAUUGUUGAAAUUUAGAUUUAAUUUAUUACCUCCCACAAACAUCCAAGUCCACAAACAAAAAGUGUUUUAAGUUGAUUUUUAUAUUUGUUUAUUUCUUUAUCAAAUGUAUUAUUUAUCAUUUUGUGAAUGUUGUUAUUUUCCUUAACUUCUUAAGAUUUGAAAUGGUUUUUAUUUCCCUGAUCAUAAAAUCUAGCUUGGUACAUUCAGUUUGAGUUUUAUACUGUUAUCUUGUCGGGAUUUGGUCACGCCAAUAGGCAGGGUUGAUGUGGGUGUCAUAUAAUUCAUUGCUUACUUAGUCUCAACACAUUCAAAUGGGAAAGAAAAUCAAUGAAACAUGGAUUUUCGAUUUAAAGAAAUACAGUUUUUCUUAUAAUCAGCCUCUUUUUACAGAGAAUAAUAGAAUUAACUAUUGGAAACAUGCUUAGCUUAUUGACAUUAAAGAAAUUUCUGUUGUUCCUACCAUUGCAAUGAUGAUAAGUACAGCUGUUAGCUAUUUCCAGGUGCUGUUACAACAUGACAAAACCUCAUGAAGAAUCCGUCAAAUUCAGUUUUAAGGAAGAAACUUUUUAGAAAAUAUACUUACGUUUUUUAGAAACAUCCAGAUAAAAUGUAACUGCACAUGUAUUGAUCAAGUCCAAGAAGAUACAAGACUUGUGACAGUAGAGGGACACCUCGAUGUUAACAACAUUCCUUUUUUGACUGUGUCACAAGUUUGAGUAAGUCAUUGUAUCACUGUAUGUCUGUUACCUUGUGAAAGUCAGACAAUAAACUGCAUUUUAGUCCUAGAAACAUGCACUGUCUUGUGUGUUCCAUCAUACCCAGAACUGUUUUGAUAUUUUUGCACUGCAUAUCUGAGAAAAAAUUUAUUUUAACCUUUGUAAUAUUUGUGUUGGUUUAAUUAAGAAAUCUGUUAAAAUUGUUAAAUGAUUUAUAUUAUAUAUACAGGCAUGUAAUGCUGUUACUCUAUUAAUGAUGUGUACUGUAUUUAUAUACUGGCUCCUAUGUUUACAUUCACUGAAAUGUUUCUUCAAAGUUUUAUUUGCUCAACAAACUAUUUUGAUAACUUUUUUUCAUUUCAUGUUUGUAAGAGGGAUGUGAUUUUUAGGAAAUUAAUUAUUUUGAAAUGUAGGGAAAAAGAAAAUAAUAAGAAAACAUGGAUAAUGUUAUAAUACCAUUUAAUUUGUUUGAGAUUGGAAAUUGGAAAGAAAUGUUUUGAAAGAUCAGAUAAAGGGGUUGCAGGGCGCUAUGUAUAGAUCAACUUAAAAAAUGUUUGUUUUUGUAUACAAGAAUUGUGGAGCAGGUUAGUGGUGAAGCCUUAAGGUUAGAAGGUGAGAGAUCAGAGGUCACUAACACAUAGAAUGCUUCACAACUUAAGAGUACUAGUGUUAAUAGUUAUUGGUGAGAAACGGUGAAUGUGUUGUCUCGGGCCCAGUACUUGGGAAGAAUGACACACAUGAGGUGUAGAAGGAUCGUGUGUUUAUGAACAAUGUUACAUAAUUAUGAUGAUACUUGCAAUUAUUUUCCAUUUUGUUUCUUUGAUUCCUUUUGUUCAGUUAAUCAUUUGCAAGAAAGGUGUUUGUUUUGAGGGAAAAAGGUGAAAUUGUCUUGUUUGUGCCCUUGGUUUAAUUGUAGAAGUGCUGAUAUAACCAUGGUAAUAUUUCAGUCAGGCAUUAGAACUCAUUGGGUUGAAUCUCUGGUUUAAUUCUUAAUGUGAUACAACAUGAAGGAAAGUAAAAAGGUAAAGAAAAAAUUACUCCAAGUUGGUGACACUGAUUGAAAAAUUGUAGCUUCUUCAGGUUUUUUAUUAAAAAAAAAAGUUUAUUUUGUUGAAUCCAACCUAUUUACAAUAUUGAAAUAAAUCAUUACAAACAUCUUAAUGGCUAUGAAAAUAUGAAGGUUUUAGUUUUUUUCCAUACUAAGCCACAAUUCCCAGUCACGUCCAUAUAUGGGAAUUUGCUGAGUUUGUUGCCAUGGUUAUGUUCUCAUAUUGUACCACAGGAGGCUUAUAGGACCACGGUAUCUGUAGUAAAACUGAAUUUCUCCGGUGUUUAUAUUUUACCAGUGAAGUUAGGACCUGUAUUCAUAAAUAUUAAUGGUUAACUUAACAGAUGAAUGGAAGUUUAUUUUGGCCUUUAUUUAAAGACAGAUGUUUUUUACAACAACUAUAUGAAUAUUGUGUUGGAUAACGCUGGUAGCUGAUACCAUGUUACAGUUUACAUACAUAAUGUGUCUGCGUACAUUUGUCAUCACAAAGAAAAAGAUGGUUCAUCUGACAUCCAUGAUGCACCACACACAAACAGUGUGUCACUAUAUACAACAAAGGCCUUUUUGUCUUGUUUUGAGAACAUCAUUAAUCAAUAGGGAAAUACUAGUAAGGUUUCAAUUGUAAACAUCAAAUUUUUGGAUUUGAGCAUGACUGUGGGAUUAUUGUUAAAAAAAUCCCUAGAAAAGGCCUGAGUAAUUCACACAGAAAACCUUGCUUCAAUCACAAUGAAAUUAUUUCCUGAUUAAUGAGCUGUUGUUUGGAGGUAUAGAUUAGACCGUACACGUUAUAUUUACAAGUAAUAUGCUUUCCUCAACAACAGUCUCUGAGUUGAUGUAUGUGUGGGGAGUAAUGGUAAUUGUGAGGAUUAGCUUGAAUGACACCAUUUCUGAUGUGGUGAUAUUAGUAGCUAGAAUUGUGGCCCCUCCUGUGGUGGUGUGCAAGGUUUACUUUGAGUGUAAGUGGACUCCUGCAGCAACAGCUGCCUCGUCUUUCUUGUUCACAAUCCUUACCUUUGAUAGAUGCAUAUAAUUUGUUACUCCAGGUAAUAUUCAAGAUGUGUUAUAGCAGUAUAUACAGAACUACUAAAAUUAAUUAAAGCAAAAACAACUGUAUUAAAAUAACAGGAUAAAAUUCACAAGCUAAACAAACUUGCAUGGAAAUCACCUAGUUACGUAAAGAUCAGCAUUACAUAUUGUGGAUUGAAUAAUGAAGCUGUUCAGGGGAGAUCGCCAGAGAGCCACUAAAUGUUAAAAGAAAAAAAGCGAAACUGAUCUCCCUCAGAACCAACAUGUCUCUACAUUGUCAUAAUACAUCCUUCAUCACUUGUAGGUGAACUAGAAUUCAUUCGAUACAUCAAACUGUCAUCUAGCUCAUAUAAAUCGUUUUCAACAUACACUUGCAAUGCAUUAACUUUCUGUUCAUCAUUAUCAGGCAGUUGUAAGACUCAAGUUACCAAUGCUGAUCGUAGGUGCAAACAUUAUCUCAUGUAUUACUUUAUCAAUAAUUUAGAUGCUUUGAUACAGUAAAAACAUCGGUAGCAACAUGUGUCGGAGAAUUUACUGUUUUUGCAAAGAACUGAAAUGAUAUUCAACAUUUAUCUUUAUUUUGUUAAAGUGUUAAGUCAACAUCUUUUGUAGGAUACUCUGUAGUGUGUCACUGAACAAUACAUGGCUAUAAAAAUUACAUGAACACAGCUGAUGUUACUUUUUCUACUUGUGGAAGCUGUGUGUGGCCUACUCAGGACCACAUGCUUUGAAUCUGUCUCAACUUGGGCAUUUCUAUACUUUGCAUUUAAAAGAAAAGUAUUAAGAGUCAUUAGUAUUGAAAAAAUAAAAUUGUUUGAGAAUUUUGUCGAAUUGCUCAUAAUGUACAGAUCUACUUCAGAGACAGAUUGAUCUUGUGGGCAAUUUCCACAAUCAACCUUUGUAUAAGGCCAGUUAAUUUCCACCUGUCUGAUGGGAUCCAUCAUGGUUGGAGACUUGGGUCUUCCUAUGUGACUAGACUCCACUAGGUGGGGCAUUCCCUGUAUUUUACAUUCAUGUUACCCUGCUUUAUACCAUCCUUAUUAAUGUGCCUUUAACUGUUAGAAUUCUAUCAUAUUCAGAUCACCCUUUCCUCCAACACUGACAAGUCCCAUUUAUAUAGCACUGAUAUGCCAUGAAGACUUUACAAUGGCAUUCACCAUGUUUUCAACAACAUUCUACCAAGCAACUAUUUUCCACUCCAUAGGGAAUGAAAGUUGGGACUUUCAAAACAAAUCCUCAAGUUGUUGCUUUUAUGUAAUUAAAUAAUAGCCAGAUAAAUGUCGCGCCCCAUUUUAUACCUGUGACAGCUACAUUCCCCCUUUCUGCUGACACUGCAGGAGUCCUUGAAUGAGAGUUGAAAUUAACUAGCUUUGGCUGUUGGCUAGCAUUUAAAAUAUUUCCCUAAUUAUUUUGUAUUACAAAUUUAAAUGCUUUAAUGUUUUGAAAGAUGAGUAUUGUAUAUUUAUGUAUACCAUAGGGAAAGAUUCAGGGGCAGAUAAUUAAAUUUUGCCAAGGUGGAGAGGCAAAGAAUCAGGGGCAGAUAAUUAGUGUUUGCCAAGGUGAGAGCUUUUUGAGAUAUUACACAAAUUGGUUUUAAAAACUGGACAAAAUCACCAAGUAUUCAUUUCCUUCUUAGCUGUUUAUUUUCCUUUAUCAAUUUGUGAUGCAGUCAAACUAGCCUAAUUCUAAAAUAUAGUGGAAAAAAAGAACACUUUUUUGAAAUAAUUUUGUGUAAGUUUGUAGAUUAUACAAACUUAAAAUAGAUAUUGAACCGAAAAAUGCCCACAAUAUUUAUAUUAUUACUGUUUUCUGUGUCAUUGUCAACAGCAGUCUGUAUACCUUGGAAAUAAAAUGCUUACUGAAUAAAGA